AUGAGUGGAGAUUUUGUGUCAAUGUUUCACCUUGAAACAAAGAGAUUGUUAUGGCUUAUUGGUAUAACUUUUUCAGUGAUCUUAGCUUUUCAGUAUCUUGAACUUCCAUAUGGCAGUGUUGUUCUCUCUCUAUUCUCUUCUGAUAAAGUACCAACAUCAGAAAAUACCAACAAGACUAUUGUUAACAAUGUCACAGUUUUCAAUCAGGAAAAUUCUACUCAUGAGCUUGGUUUUGUCUUGGAACCAGAAUGGCCACAAAACAAAUCUCAAGGAUUCGAUGAUUCUACGACAAAUGUGAGUCCAAAUAUAACAACUGCAGUGUUAUCAACUGAUGAUAACAUGUUACUAUCUCAGAAAGAGAAUGUGACUAAUUCUAUAAAGAAUGAGAGUUUUAGGCCAUCACCACCAGAAACUGGUGGCGAUGUACAAAGCAAAAGAUCUCCUGUCAGCACUGUGCCUAAGGAGAAACAAGAAUUUCAUACACCUGUUCCAGAAGUCACAACAGUUUCUGAAAUGAACAAGUUAUUGAUUCAAAGCCACGCGUCGUAUCGAUCAAUGAAACCAAGGUGGUUUUCAAGUGUUGAUCAAGAGUUACUGCAGGCAAGAUCAGAGAUUGAAAAUGCACCAAUUGUAAAGAAUGAUCCCAAACUUUAUGGUCCAAUUUAUCAUAAUGUUUCCAUGUUCAAGAGGAGCUAUGAAUUAAUGGAAGAGAGACUCAAAGUGUAUGUAUACAGAGAAGGAGCUAGACCUAUACUGCAUUCACCAUUUCUCACAGGAAUCUAUGCUUCUGAAGGGUGGUUCAUGAAGCUGAUGGAAGCUAAUAAAAGAUUUGUAACAAAGAAUCCAAAGAAGGCUCACCUGUUUUACUUGCCUUUCAGUUCUAGGAUGCUAGAGGAAGCUUUGUAUGUAAAGGAUUCACAUAGCCACAAGAAUCUGAUUCAAUAUCUACACGAUUACGUUGACCUGAUAGCGGCGAGACAUUCUUUCUGGAAUAGAACUGGAGGUGCUGACCAUUUUCUCGUCGGUUGCCAUGAUUGGGCCCCAUCAGAAACAAAGUUGCGCUUGGCGACCUGCAUAAGAGCCCUCUGUAAUGCCGAUGUAAAAGAAGGUUUUUUCUUCGGAAAAGACGCGUCUCUUCCAGAAACAUACGUCCGAAACGCUCAAAACCCAACACGGGAUCUCGGAGGUAACACAUUUUCAAAGAAGACAACACUAGCCUUUUUCGCAGGGAGCAUGCACGGUUACGUCAGGCCAAUUCUGCUAAAGCACUGGGAAAACAAAGAUCCAGACAUGAAAAUCUUUGGAAAGUUGCCAAAAUCUAAAGGAAACAGUAACUACAUUCAGUACAUGAAGAGUAGCAAGUACUGUAUUUGUGCAAGAGGGUAUGAAGUGAAUAGUCCAAGAGUUGUGGAAGCUAUAUUCUAUGAAUGUGUUCCAGUUAUCAUAUCUGAUAAUUUUGUGCCACCCUUUUUUGAGGUUUUGGAUUGGGAGUCAUUUACUGUUGUGGUUUUGGAGAAGGAUAUUCCGAAUUUGAAAAAUAUACUGGUUUCAAUUCCAGAAAAGAGGUAUCUUAGAUUGCUUAUGAGGGUGAAAAAGGUACAGAAGCAUUUCUUGUGGCACAAGAAUCCUGUCAAGUAUGAUAUAUUUCAUAUGAUCCUUCAUUCUAUUUGGUACAAUAGAGUCUUCUCUGCCAUUAGCUAG